GUUUGUGUAUAAAAGUGGGCUGCGGCUCAUGUUGAGGUAUUCUCUCCGUAGCUAGCUUGUGGUGCACCUCGACAACAGAAGAGACCGAGACAAUGGCUCACAUCAAGAUGAUCAUCGCGCUCGCCUGUCUGGCUGUCGCACGUGCCCAGUAUGGUGGUUCUCAGAGCUACUCCGGUAGCCAGUCCUACCCCAGCGGUAGCCAGUCCUACCCCACUGGUAGCCAGGCCUACACUAGCGGUAGCAGCUACAGUUCCAGCCCCGCCAGCUACGCCCAGAGCUACCCCAGCUACUCUGCCCCCAGCUACUCCUCACAGUCCUCCUACAAUUACCAACCUGCUCAGUCCAGCUACGGUAGCAACAGCUACAGUAGCCAGUCCUCAUACGCCCCAAGCAGCUAUGGUAGCCAGUCCGGUAGCUACCAGCAAGAUUCCUACAAUGACUACAGUGUUGGAUCAUACCCAUGCGGCCAAAAAGAUGACGGUAAGACCUACGCCAUCCCCUACGCUUGCUACGGCUACUUCGAGUGCUACUACGGCGAGGCCCUCUAUCGUCAGUGUGACAACUACUACAGAUUCGAGGCUGGCAAAUGUGUGCCAGACCAGUCCUGCUACUACGUUGCUCCAGCUGUGAAUGCUUAUGGUGGAAACUCAUACGGUUCAAACGCUUACGGCUCAUCCGGAAACUCAUACGGCUCAUCCGGAAACUCCUACGGCUCAUCCGGAAACUCCUACGGCUCAAACUCCUACGGCUCCAGCAGCGGUAACAACAACUACGACAGCAGCUCUUACGGUAGCCAGUCCAACCAAGGUAGCUAUGGUAGCCAGUCCAACCAAGCCAGCUAUGGUAGCCAGUCCAACCAAGCCAGCUAUGGUAGCCAAUCAUACAACCAAGCUAGCUACGCCAGCCAGCCAACUUACCAAGCUAGCUACGGAAGCCAAGAUACCUACGGUAGCCAGCCAAACACCUACAAUCAAGGUUCCUAUGAAGAUUACAGUUCUGGAAUCUACAAUUGCGGUAACAACGAUGACGGCAAGACCUAUGCCAUUGCCGGAGCUUGCUACGGCUACUUCGAGUGCUACUACGGCACUGCCCUCUACCGUCAGUGUGAUGACUACUACAGAUUCGAGAACGGCAAAUGUGUCGCCGACAAAUCUUGCUACUACGUUGCCCCAUCAUACGGAUCUUCAUACGGUUCUUCAUACGGUUCAUCCGGAAGUUCAUACGGUUCAUCCGGAAGUUCAUACGGUUCAGCCGGAAACUCCAACUCCGACAGUUCCUAUGGCAACAAGAACACCGCCUACUAAAGCUGAAAGCGUUGAUUGGCAAAGAUGGAUGAGAUACAGGGAAGACAGACCAAAGAUUCCAGCUACCAAAGUUGUAUUGUGAAACUUGUUGACAUCUGUUAUAUGAGACAAAUAAAAUCCCUUUGCUACGCUUA